AUGGAGUCCCUUUUCGCUGCCCCAUUCCUGGAGAUCCUCUAUGGCAGCCAGGACAACCUGUCCCUCCUGAGCCCCAACCACAGUCUGCCGCCCCCCCACCUGCUGCUCAACACCAGCCAUGGUGCCUUCUUGCCCCUGGGGCUCAAGGUCACCAUUGUGGGGCUCUAUCUGGCUGUGUGUGUUGGGGGGCUGCUGGGGAACUGCCUCGUCAUGUAUGUCAUCCUCAGGCACACCAAGAUGAAGACAGCUACCAACAUUUACAUCUUUAAUCUGGCCCUAGCUGACACUCUGGUUCUGCUAACACUGCCCUUCCAGGGCACAGAUAUCCUCCUGGGCUUCUGGCCAUUCGGGAAUGCCCUGUGCAAGACAGUCAUUGCCAUUGACUACUACAACAUGUUCACCAGCACCUUCACACUGACCGCCAUGAGUGUGGACCGCUACGUAGCCAUCUGCCACCCCAUCCGCGCCCUUGAUGUCCGGACAUCCAGCAAAGCCCAGGCUGUCAAUGUGGCCAUCUGGGCCCUGGCCUCUGUGGUCGGCGUUCCUGUUGCCAUCAUGGGAUCGGCACAGGUUGAGGAUGAAGAGAUCGAAUGUUUGGUGGAGAUCCCCAGCCCGCAGGACUACUGGGGCCCCGUGUUUGCCAUCUGCAUCUUCCUCUUCUCCUUCAUCAUCCCUGUACUCAUUAUCUGUGUCUGCUACAGUCUCAUGAUCCGGCGGCUCCAUGGUGUCCGCCUGCUCUCAGGCUCCCGUGAGAAGGACCGGAACCUGCGGCGCAUCACUCGACUGGUGCUUGUGGUAGUGGCUGUGUUCGUGGGCUGCUGGACGCCUGUGCAGGUCUUUGUGCUGGUCCAAGGGCUGGGCAUUCAGCCGGGCAGUGAGACUGCCGUGGCCAUCCUCCGCUUCUGCACGGCCCUGGGCUACGUCAACAGCUGCCUCAACCCCAUCCUCUAUGCCUUCCUGGAUGAGAACUUUAAGGCCUGCUUCCGCAAGUUCUGCUGCACAUCUGCCCUACGCCGGGAAAUGCAGGUGUCUGACCGCGUGCGCAGCAUCGCCAAGGAUGUGGCCGUAGCCUGCAAGACCUCUGAGACGAUACCACGGCCCGCAUGA